AUGACUUCGCAUUCUUCGACCAGGAACCGUCAUCCGGACACGCACAACGACAAUGUCUUCAACCUCCGUCUUCUCCUUUCUCCCCUCUUUGUGGCAAAAAAAGGCUCGACGGCUGUCGCGAAGUCCCACGACCUGUCCAAAGGCUAUCCGGUCUUCAAAAUUGAAACCGCCGAUGGGAGACUUCUCGAGGGAAGCGAUGCGGAGCUGUGGGUAGGAGUAUCGGGCUGUCAUCGACGAUUACCGACUCCAACAAAAUCCAUUGAAUCAAAAAUCGAGAAGACUAUUGAAGAAAGGAUCUUCAAUGGUAAAGUAUUCCAUUUGAUCAAAUGGAAGGGUUUUGAGAGCCCACUCUGGAACUCGUGGAUCCCAGAAAAUGAAGUUAAAAAUGCCAAAGACGUCUUCAAGAAACGACACGCAUUAAGCAAGAAGAGAUCGAAAACUGCGAAUCAUCCAGCUCCACCAUCUUCGCCUGUUGCACACUACAUCAUCGAAAUGGACGGAGCAUUGACGGAAAGUGGGCCGAUGGAACUCAAGUAUUUAUAA